AUGGGACCGAUCAAACCAGGAAUGGAUAACUGCCAGUUGUUGGGGCCUGCAUCUUUGCUAGUUCAGUGCUUAAUGGGGAUUUCUGCACUAGCUUUGUUGCUAUUUAAGAGAAAUCACGAGCACCCGAGGAGAAAGAUGGAGAUAUGGCUGUUCGAUAUUGGCAAGCAAAUCAUCGGUGCCUUGGGUAUACAUUUUAUUAAUGUUGGCAUAAGUGUUUUAAAGAGACAUCAUGAAAAAAAAGCAUAUUUAUUUAUCAGUAUAAUAGGGAAUCUCAUAGAGAGCGUGUCUUCUACCAGAGAAGAUGAUGGUUCAGAUGAACAGUGUGACUGGUAUUUCUUAAAUCUAUUACUGGAUACUACCGUGGGGAUACCAAUUCUCUGGUUGGCGAUUAAUUGUAUCACUUAUAUUCUGCAAUAUCUCAACAUCAAAAACGUUGAAUCAGGGAACUAUUUUGCCGAAGAGGAGAAUGAUAUAGAAUCACAAGAGUCAGAACAGCCAUUAAUAACUGCAUUUUUCAAACAGCUAGGUAUUUUUACCAGUAGUUUGAUAGUUAUGAAAAUCUGUGUAUAUUUAGUACUCAACUAUUUUGAAGAUUUAGCAUACUGGUUUGCUAAUUUAAUUUUAUCCUGGUCAGAUAGAUGGCCCGAUUUACAAGUCACUUUGGUUAUGUUUGUGUUCCCCAUAAUAUUGAAUUGUUUUCAAUAUUUUUGCGUAGACAACGUUAUAAAAUUACAUUCAGAUGAUGUAAACAACUACAAUUCAAAGAGUUUUGAACCAGAGGAAGUAAUACAAGAAGAAUACACAAAUUUGAUAUCGGGAGCUCAGAAAAAAGAUAAGAAUAAACAAUCAGCUUACGAAACCAUUUCAUAA